AUGCCUUUCCCAAAGCUACCACCUAAUGUCGCCUACAUACGACUCUCCAACCCGGCAAGACGAAAUGCUCUGAGUCUUGGCGUCCUGCAAGAUCUCAAGAGACAGCUCACCGAGGCUCUCACAUCUCCCGUGAGUGGACAGCUUCGGAUCUUGCCGCCUUUUCAAACUCGGAUCUUGGAAGACUUGGAGAAGGUUGUGCGUCGAGAUGAUACGACGAGCGAGCAUUGGAAGAAGUACGGAUGGCUGGUCAAUUCUUCUGAAUGGAAGAGGGAGAGAGCUGGACUUCUUAAUGUGCUGGUGUUGCGCAGCGAGGGACCCGUUUUCUCAUCUGGACACGAUCUGAAGGAGCUCUCUGGGCUCAGUCAUGAUGAUGUCAAACUACUCUUCAGUCUUUGCGCAGAAGUCAUGACAUUGAUCAGACGGAGUCCGAUUCUCGUCGUUUGCCCCAUUCAAGGCCUCGCCACAGCUGCUGGAUUUCAACUAGCCAUGGCAACAGACUUUCCUAUCGCGUUGGCAGACACCAAGUUUGCCUUGCCGGGGGCAAAGAUUGGGCUGCCUUGCACAAGCCCGUCAACUGCCGUCUCACGCCGGUUACCUCCUGGAGCAACUUAUCGCCUGUUGGCAACAGCACAACCUGUCAAAGCAUCAGAUAUCCCGGGAGCAGUUGACGUGGUUCAAGUCUCGGAUAGAGAUCAAUCUAGUGAGGCUGGAAGUGCGGCGUUUGAAAGCCGAGUCUCAGCAGUCAUCGAUCAACUUGCAUCCAUGUCUGCUCAGCAGCAAGCCGUUGGCAAAUGGGCAUAUUGGACGCAACUUGGUAUGGGUGCAUCCGACGGAGAAGAAGGGGGCGAUGGCUUUGGAGCUGCGGCUCGUUGGGCAGGACGGGUCAUGGCUUUGCAUGCGAAGAGUGAGGAUGCCAAGGAGGGUAUCGGGGCAUUCUUGCAAAAGAGGUCUCCUGAUUGGGUUAGCAAGUCUUCAAAGUUAUAG